ACUUUUCUGCUUGAUACAAUACAAGCAGAAAAGAAAAUGAAAAAUAUCAACCAAAAAGUCACUUCGAUAGAAAUAGAAGAGAACAAACAAAAACAAAACGACCCACCAAAAGUAGAGUGGAACAAAACUAUAGGAAGACUCAAGCUCUGUUGUUCUACUUCUUCAGUCCAGAUUUGUUGCUCACAAGCAGAAUCAGAUUUGAACUUCCAUUUGUGCAUCUUAAUUUGUUCAGUCCGGAUUUAAGGAUCUCAAGCAAAAUCAGAUCUCAAAAUUUCCAUUUGUGCGUGUUCAUAUUGUUGAAGAAAACUUCUUUGGCUUCUUGUGUGUGUCUCUUCACACUUAAUUAUCAACAAGUAUGGCAGUGGGAGAGAUUUUUCUUGGGGCGUUCCUUCAGUUGCUGCUCGACAGGUUGGCGCCUCGCGAGAUCCUCAACUUUGGUCUCGUAAAGGGCGUCGACAAAAAGCUGAAGAAAUGGAGUGACAAUUUGUCUGCAAUCGUAGCGGUGCUGAAUGAUGCGGAGGACAAGCAACUGACAGGGCAUGGUGUGGAACUGAAAUUGUGGCUGGGUGACCUCAGAGACUUGGCUUAUGAUGUAGAAGACGUGCUGGACAAAUUUGCUACUAAAAGAUUGAAGCGCCAGAUAGAGGGACGUGAUCAAGCCAGCACAAGUAAAAAGGUGCGGAGUUCAUUCUCUAAACUGAAACUCAAUUUCGAUAUGAACUCUGAAAUAAAGAAGAUUACAGAGCGGUUGCAAGAGAUCUCUGAACGGAAAGAUAAGUUUGGUUUAAAGGACACUGGGGCGUCUAGUCAAGCAUGGUCAAGGCCACCAACUUCGGGCGUGUUGGGUGGACUAACCGUUGUUGGAAGAGAUGGAGAUAAAGCAAAAAUAUUAGACAUGUUGUCGAGAGAUAAUGUCAACUUUCAUGUUGUUGCCAUUGUUGGCAUGGCUGGCCUUGGGAAGACUACACUUGCUCAAUUUGCAUUCAACAACAACAGUGAUGUCAUGAAGGAGUUCGAGCCGAGGGUGUGGGUGUCUGUGUCCGAUGACUUCGACGUUGUAAGAUUGACGAAGGCAAUUCUUGAAUCAGUCACAUCUAAACGCGUUGAAGUAGAGGAGUUCAGUAAAAUGCAGCAUGAUUUGAAUGAGCAGUUAAGAGGUAAAAAGUUUUUAAUUGUUUUAGAUGAUAUUUGGAACAAAGGUGACCGUGAUUUAGAUGAUCUGUGGACAAGACUUCAAUCCCCUUUUAGUGUUGGAGCACAAGGAAGUAAGAUAAUUGUGACAACACGUGACCAAAAUGUUGCAGAGAUUAUGAGAGCCACCGAAAUUCAUAACUUGGAGCCUAUGUCAGAUGAUAAUUGUUUGGAAAUAUUUGAGCAGCAUGCAUUUGUUAACAAUGAUAGACCACCAAAUUUUGAGUUGCUUCAGAAAAAAAUUGCUGAAAAAUGCAGAGGAUUGCCCUUAGCUGCAAGAACUCUUGGUGGGCUUUUACGUCUGAAAGAAAUAAACGAAUGGGAAGGAAUAUUGAACGACAAAUUGUGGAAUUUAUCAGGUGAGAGUGACAAUAUUCUUCGGGUAUUAAAGUUGAGCUAUCACCACCUUCCUUCCAACUUGAAGAGGUGUUUUGCCUAUUGCUCAAUAUUUCCAAAUGACUAUGAAUUUGGGGAGAAGCAAUUGAUCCUUUUAUGGAUGGCAGAGGGUUUGAUUCAACAACCACCAGAAGCCAAUAGACAAAUGGAGGAUUUAGGGCACGACUAUUUUCAAGAGCUAUUAUGUAGGUCAUUAUUUCAAAAGGCAAGUGAAAACAAUUCACGAUAUGUAAUGCAUGACCUUGUUACUGAUUUGGCACAAUGGGCAGCAGGAAAUACUUGUUUUAGAUUGGAGGACAAGAAGAAAGGCUGCUUCUAUCCUUCUGGAUAAGCACUAUCGUACUUACUGUGGGCACUAAGAGUUCUCUCUGGCUCACCCCCCCUCAGGCAGCUUCCCUUCUUUUCUAGCGGGCCUCCUUCCCCUAUCCAACGCCUCCCCCUGUUUUGCUA